AUGUGUGGAAUCCAGAACUCACGAGUCAAGAAGAACCAAGCCGCGGGAGUCGACAGAGAGGCAUCGCACGUAGGCAUUGUUAUCGCUAUGCAUAGGCUAGCAGUUAGUCUUAGACGCUCACCUGAGGGACGGAGUGAACGAGGAAAGUCAACGAAGGAUGAUAAGAAGGCUGCAAUGCCAAAGCCUGGCGGAUCCUUCUUUGCUAACUUACCACCAAUAAAGGAGGAUCGACCGGCCCGACGAGGCAAUUCACGAAGGGCUACAGCAGACGCUAAAACUGCGGUGACUGGUGACAGUAGAUGGGCAGGAGUGGGCACGGAUGGCUCUGCAGGGGGAGAGGAAAGGCAGUGGGAAUAUGACUCAUACGGUAGAGGGUAUCAUCGCGAUUAUCAAACUAAGGGGGCGGCAGCGGCUGGUGCGCCCGGCAAGGAGUACGCGGAGUCGGCAGCGGCGCCUACUGCUGCUGCUGCUGCUGUCAGCGGUAGGAAAAGAGGGAUAGCCUUCGGCCCAGUUAUGGUGGAGGAGGGUCUUCGAGACGGUCUUGGGAAGGCUCGGCUUACGAACAGUAGGGACGAUCUUACUAGUUGGACACGACGCGGGGAUGAGGCGACUCGCGUGAUUGAUGAUGAAGCGAGCAAUCUGAAUGCUCGUCUUAUAGAAGUUGACAUUACAGACCUGGACGGUAGGCGGAAGGUUGUCCUGCUGACACCCGGCAGUACCAUGUCCGACCUGGUAGAAUGGUAUGCAGCUCGAGCGCCAGACCCAGCCAAAGUGAGAGUCGUGGAUGUUAACUCUGGCGUUGACUACGGCAAUAGGGAAGUGACUGUGAAAAGGCUGGCCGACAAUCAACUAGGCCGAGGCACCGUGAGAGUCCGACUGGAAACGUACAGUAGUCGAUAUUGA